AGAAGAACGUCUAUUUUGCCCUUGUAGAACAUACGGAAGUAGUCACAAAAAUACCUAUUUACUCACCACAUUUUUUUCAUUCUGCAAAUAUAUAGAAUAUUUUCUCGGAAAAGGUGGUUUGUUGAGAGUAUCAGAUAGCGAGUCGCCGUAGAUUUCUCGUGGUGCUUCUUUCUCCUCUUUCUCGCUUCUUUUUGAUAUUUAUUCCCCGUCAGCAGGAAGGCGAGAGGGAUCACUUCGUACUCCUUUCUAUAAGAAUCUUUUUAUUGUGUUCUUGGGACCGGUUCCAGUGUCUUUGCCCCUCUCUCUCUCAUUCUCUCUUUAGGUGGACAGAGAGCAAAGCAGAAAACGCUCUCAAACGCGUCGACAAAGCACUAAAUCCACAAGCUCGCCUUUUUCUAAUACAUCUGUUUCUCACCUUCAAAAGACACGCACCGAUUGCCUGGAAGUCAGUCCCAACGUUUUCCCUCUUUACGCACUAUUGUUACCGGCCGCCGCUGGCUGAGUUGAGUUCGGCUGACAUACACAUUUCUCGUUUCAAUCCUUCACCUGCUAGAAGGCGGAGUCCGCCGUGCACGAACAGAAGCCGCGCCUGUAGCUUUUAGCCACCGUCACGUGCCCGGAAUGAGCUCAGGAAACCCACUAGAGGCGCUGCUGCGGAGCAUGAUGCUGCAAGGCGGCGAUGGCAGAGGCGGCAGCGGCACACCGACGAUGUUCACCAUCAGCACCGACGGCAGCCAAGGCGUGAACCCGCUUUCCAUGCUGAGCGCCAUGGGCCCCGGCAUGAUGAUGGGCGGCGGCGCCCACGGAGGCACCUUCGCUGCCAAUGCGGCGCAGCGAAGCGGGGGGACCUCGCCGACGGAGCACGACGCGCAGCUCGCCUCGCCCGGCAACGUGUACAGCGGAGGGGUGCCGCCGAUGGUGUGGAUCCAGCGGGAGCAGCAGCGGAUGCCGAUGCACUUUUCCGCCACCGGCAGCCCCAACCUCGACGGCACGCGACUGCGUGAGGAAGGCAACGAGGCCUUCAAGGCAGGCCGGUACAACGAUGCGGUGCGCUACUACACACAAGCCAUCGACGUUGACCCCGACUCGGAGUUCAACUACUCAAAUCGGUCGUUUGCGUAUUUUAGACUGAGGGAGUACGAAAGGGCCGCCGCGGACGCCGCGGACGCAAUUCGCCUCAACGGCAGGUUCUUCAAGGGUUACUAUCGUCUGGGGAUGGCGCAGAUGGCGAUGAACGACUUCCAGCACGCAAUGGAGAAUCUGCGGAAGGCGUGGGCGGUCGCACCGGAGGCGAACAGGGAGGCGAUUCGGGUGUCCAUCGCGAAGUGCGAGUCGAAGAUCGCGCGGGCGCCGGCGACGCCCCUCCUGCUGGGCUCCGCUGACUCGUGCGGCUCUCCUUUCGGCAGUGCUGGCAGCCCUGCCCCGGCCGGCGUCGCGGGGACGCGCUCGCAGUGGCCGGCACACCCCACCCUCAGCGACGCGUCGACGUCGCUCAGCACGGCGAAGGUCGACUUCCACGAGCUAGAGCGCGACGUUCACGAUACCGCGGCGCGCCGCGAGCAGGCGGAACAGUACACUGCGAUGCACAAGGCGCAGGCCGACAUUGUGGAGUGCGGCGAGCGCUCCUCCCAGAUCAAGCAGCUCAUGAGCGUUGCGACGUCCAGUGAGCUGUCCUCGCUGGCGAAGGAGGCCGAGGAGAGGCAGGCAGCGUUGCGCAAAGCGGUGCAUCAGCAAGACAGCAACGGCUACUGCGAGGCGAAGCGGAACCGCGAUUCGACUCUGAACAAGCUGUGGGACACUGCCGACCACGUCGAGACCGCUAUCGAGCAGCUGAAGAAAAUCGCAAAGGAGGAGCAAAAGUUCUUCAGCAAGUUUGGACCGGUGGGGCGGCCCUCGCCGACCGGCACAUCGUCAGCGGUCUCGCCGGCCGCUACACCACCACCACCACCUCCCCCGCCCACCCCACCCGAUGUCGCAGCCCCGGCGGAGGCGAAUGCUGAGCGAGGCGAGGAAGGGCAAAGAGAAGCGGCGCCGAAAGUCCGCAAAGCUGCGGAAGAGGAGACAGCAAUGGUGCCGUCGCCCGUUGACGCGUCCGUCAGCGCAGCGCACGUGGCCGGUGCGCUCUCAGCGUCUCCUCUGACGACGGAGGAAAAGGUUCCGGCCACGGCCACCAGCCCCAGCGCAGGCGCCGAGCUUAAGAAUCUGCUGCGCCGCCGAGACGUAAUUCAGGAGGCGGUGUGCAAGGCUCAAAAGUGCUUCGCCGCGACGGAUGCGGCCGCCCAGGUGCUUGAGCAGGCGAUGCGGGCGGAGGCGGCGGCCAUGAAGGAGGUCGUUCCCCUGCUGGAGGAGGCGACGCGGCUGAACGUGGAGUUGGAGCUGCACGCGCGUCAGGUGGCGCAGACGUCGACGAAGGAGCUGUCCGAUGGGCGGCUGCAGGCGCUCGACCAGGUGAGCACGAUCGUCAGCCGCAUCAAAGCGGACAAGAUCGCUUUUGGCAAGACCCUGCGCGAGGGUGAUCGCCUGCUGGAUGAGGAAGCGCAGCUCGAGCAGCAACGGCUUUUGCGGGAGCGGCAGCGCAUUCAGCUGCAGGCGGAAGUGGAGUGGUUCAAAGUGCGCGACGAGCCCGCGAACAAGAUCCAGGCGCUUCAGUUUCAAGCGAAAGGCCUCCAGCAGCAGAUCGCGCAGGUGCAUGAGAAGCAAAAGGCGGUCCAGCGGCGUAUUAUGGAGCUGGUCGAGCAGGACCACCCGGAACUGGCGUGGAAGUCGAUGGCGAACGGCUCCCGCAUCCUGCGCCUUGUGAAGGGUAGCGGGCUGUGGCAGAACCUGUCUUUCUCCGACUUCCAGAUCGUGUCCACGCUGUCGUCCACGGUGAACAGCAAGGUGUACCACGCCGUGCGGCGCGGCGAGCACGUGGCGAUCAAAGAGAUCUCCAUCGACGACGACGACACCCGCCGUCGCUUCCAGCGUGAGGUGAACAUCGUAGCGGGGUGCAAUCAUCCAAACAUUAUUCGCAUUAAGGGUGUCUUCUUCGACGGUCCUUUCGCCUACAUCCUGCUGCCCUACUAUCACCGUGGUAGCCUGCGGACGCAGCUCGGGAAGGAGGAGCCGAUGUCGUGGGUGACGGUGCAGGACAUGUUUCGCCAGCUCGCAAGCGGUGUCGCCUACCUGCACGAGCGCGGCAUCGUCCACGCGGAUAUUAAGCCGUCGAACAUCAUGAUCGCCGAUGACGGCCGGCCAGUCAUCUCCGACUUCGGCAUCGCGAAGGACCACGGCCCGCUGGGUGUGGCGGACAUCACGUUGACCACGACAGUGACCAACACGAACACCGGCGCCGGCAUCACCGGCACGAUGCAGUACAUGGCGCCGGAGCAGCUCCUGAGAGACCCCGUCUCGAAAAAGUCGAAGUCCACUUGCUUGUCCGACAUGUGGGCGUUAGGUGUGACCAUGUUGGAGGUGUCGAUGCAGAACGCCUUCUUCCACGACCCGGCGCUGGGCAAGCCGACGCUGCCGCUUCUGAUGCCAGAUCAGCAGCGCAUCGAAGUCCCGGCGAAGUUGGUGGGCGGGGAUGAGAAGCUGGCGGAAGCGAUUUCGUAUACGCUGGUCGCGAACCCGGCGGACCGCGCGACGGCCUACGACCUUCUGGCCCACCCCUACUUCAGCUCCAGCCUCAGCUCUGUGAACAGAAACCAAGACAGCAGCGCGCUCGCCAAGAGUGAUGAGAGGAUUGACGCGGUGCGGUCGUACAUCCACGCGAUGCGCCGCGUGCACCCGCAGAAGGUGCUCGUCUCCGUCUCCCGCAACCACAUGGUGGAGUCGGUGCGGGACAUCUUUCAGCACAUCGACAACGACGACAUCAUCUCGCCGAUGAUGGUGGUUUUCCAGGGUGAGACCGGCAUCGACGAGGGCGCCCUCACGACGGAGAUGCUGAACCUCUUCUACGACCAACUCAUCACAGUGAAGAAGGCGCUCGUGUGCGCAGACGAGGAUGAUGGAGUGGAGAGCACCAACGCGGGAUCCCCAGGUGGUACCGGUGGCUCUCCUACCGCUGCUGCUGCUGCUGUCGCCGCCUCGCGCAAUGAGUCGAGAGUCACCUCAGCCCUCUUCUCCACGGUGCCCUACCUGCCCGCCCCGGACUCCGACGGCAUCGGCACCGACCUUUUUCUGCUGCUCGGUAAAGUGCUGCUGAAGAGCAUCAUUGAGAAUCGCCCUAUUCCGAUUCAGCUGAGCUCUGCAGUGCUGAAAUUCCUGUGCGAGUCGGAGCCCUCCUUCGCCGACCUCGAGGAGUACGACCCUACCAUCGCCAGCUCGCUGAAGCGGCUGCGGCUGCUGUCGUCUGCGGAUUUGGGGGCGGUCGGGCUAGACUUCUCCCACUUCACCGCGUCGUUUUUGCAGGCCCAAACCGAGGACCGCUACACCACGAGCACCACCCUGACCCCGGAAAACGUUGGUGACUACAUCGCUCUGCGCGUCAAGUUCGAUUUGAUCGAGAAGCGGCGCGUUGCGCUCGAGUCGACGAAGAAGGGGUUCUUCUGUGAGCCGUCGCUGGAGCACCAUCUGAAGCUGCUCUCCGCCUCCGACCUGCUACUACUGCUGUGUGGGCAGUUGCACAUCUCCGCCCAGAUCAUCGUGGACGCGUUGGAGUUUCAAGGCUUCGACAGCAGCUCCACCACGCCGAAGUUCCUGAAAGAAGUGUUGCUGGACAUGUCGCAAAACAACCUGCGACGCUUCCUUCAGCUGUGCACGGCCACCGCCGCAGUGCCGGUGAACGGGCCGAUGAAGAAGAUAAAGGUGCUCAAGUGCGCGGAUGCGCAGCGGCUGCCAGUGGGCCACGGCUGCGUGAACCAGCUGGAUCUGCCUGACUACAACGACAAGCAGACGAUCAAGGACAAGCUGGAGAUCGCCCUCGCCCACGCUAGCGAUGGUUUCCACAUUGUUUAA